AUGAAUGAGCGCCUUAUCCUUCUGGUGGCUGUGGGCAUUUGCUAUGCCACCCUCAGGACCUCUGCCUGGUCGGUGAACAAUUUCCUGAUGACAGGGCCCAAGGCCUAUCUCACUUAUACAACCAGUGUGGCUCUGGGUGCCCAGAGUGGCAUCGAGGAAUGUAAGUUCCAGUUUGCCUGGGAGCGCUGGAAUUGCCCAGAGAGCGCCCUGCAGAUCUCUACACACAAUCGACUGAGGAGUGCUACUAGGGAGACGUCUUUCAUCCAUGCCAUCAGCUCUGCAGGGGUUAUGUAUACCAUCACCAAGAACUGCAGUAUGGGGGAUUUUGAGAACUGCAGCUGUGAUGAGUCCAACAAUGGAAAAACCGGAGGCCAUGGAUGGAUCUGGGGAGGAUGCAGUGACAAUGUGGAAUUUGGGGAGAGAAUCUCCAAACUCUUUGUGGACAGCCUGGAGAAGGGGAAGGAUGCCAGAGCUUUGAUGAAUCUGCACAACAACAAGGCAGGCAGGCUGGCUGUAAGAGCCACCAUGAAGAGGACUUGUAAAUGCCACGGCAUUUCUGGGAGCUGCAGCAUCCAAACUUGUUGGCUGCAGUUAGCUGACUUCCGGGAGAUGGGGGAUUACCUGAAGGCCAAGUACAACCAGGCCUUGAAGAUAGAGAUGGACAAACGCAGGUUCCGAGCUGGGAACAGCGCUGAGAGCCGGUGGCCCCCGGCAGAGGCCUUCUACCCCAGUGCGGAGGCCGAGCUGAUCUUCCUGGAGGAGUCGCCUGACUACUGUAUCCGCAACUCCAGCCUGGGCAUCUACGGAACCGAGGGCCGUGAGUGCCUGCAGAGUGGCCGCAACCUGUCCCAGUGGGAGCGGCGCAACUGUGGGCGCCUAUGCGUGGAUUGCGGACUUGGGGUGGAAGAGAGGAGGACGGAAGCUGUCAACAGCUGCAACUGCAAGUUUCAGUGGUGUUGCACGGUCAGGUGUGACCAGUGCUGGCAAGUAGUGACCAAGUACUACUGCACCCGUGCUCCAGGCAGCUCUCAAGCUCGGGCCAAGGGCAGUUCCAGUGCCAGCUAA